CACCGAGUGAGAGAGAAAAACACACACAAGGAGACUUGGCUGAUGCAUCUCUCCGAGAGCAUCCAUUUCACGGCGAUUACAGUUUGAAGCGGAGGACGCUGUGCGCAGUCCUCUCACAAACACGGAGCUUUUCUCUCCUCCGAAGUCAGUUUCCUAGAGCGGCUGGCGGGCGGAGAGACACUUUCCCCCCCUUUGCGUUUAUCGACACGGACAGUAUUUCAUAACAAGCCUGUUUACUUGGAGCAAAAAGCAGGUCGUCCGCAGCUCGGCACAGGCGACACCGCAUCUUGUUUGUGGAGCGGAAUUCGCAGCUCAAGACGCGAGAAGGGAAUAUCCGACGGUUCAAGUUUUCCUGGAAGUUGCGCAGUGUCAGAAAAACAUGGGAAUUUGUGGCUAUUUGGCGGUGCCUGGGAAAAGCCUUGUCGUCCUCGGACUUAAAUUGUUAUUCCUUGUACCUGCAGGAGUUCCAGCCAGGAGCGGGGAUUCUGUACUAAAGGACAACAUCACCGUCAGACAGGGGGACAGCGCCGUCUUAAAAUGCAAUGUGGACAGCAAAGUAUCACGAGUGGCGUGGCUCAACCGCACCACCAUUCUAUUUGCGGGAAGUGAGAAGUGGUCCCUGGACCCUCGCGUCAUCCUGAUGGAAAACACAGCAAUCACAGAGUACAGCAUUAAGAUCCAAAACGUUGAUGUCCACGACGAGGGGCCCUACGUCUGCUCCAUCCUCACAAACAAGAAACCAAAAUCCACAAAAGUGCAUCUCAUCGUUCAAGUACCCGCCAGGAUCACUAACAUAUCGAAGGACAUCACAGUGAACGAGGGCAGCAAUGUCAAUCUGAUGUGCCUGGCGGUCGGUCGACCUGAGGCCAACAUCAUGUGGAAGCAUCAUUCACCGAGAG